UUCAUCUAUUCAUUAGGCACUGCAAGCCGGCCAACUUCUGUCUUAUUAGCUGGUAAUUCAGCUUCUGAAAAUUUCAUCUCUCUGCCAAAACAAGCCUCUGGACAGAGCUCAAACUUCUCCAAUGGCUUCUCCUCAGCCUCUGUUCAUAGCUCAAACUUCUCUAAUGGCUUCUCCUCAGCCAGCCAGCAUUCUCAACACUGAUUUCUGUCUGCAAAUAGCAAAACGUGUCGGACUAAAGGAGAUUGAAAAAGGGUUGAAUUUCGUGUUCUCUCCGCUAUCUGUCCAUGUCGUCUUGAGCAUGAUCGCCGCUGGAUCGAAAGGACAUACAUUAGAACAGAUGCUUCAGUUCCUGAAAUCUGAAAGCAUUGAGGAACUCAACUCGCUUUCUUCUCGACUUGUUCAUUUCAUAUCCGCCGAAGGAGCUGGCAUCGGUGGACCCCAUCUAUCCUUUGCUAAUAGCGUAUGGGUCGAGCAAUCAUUUUCUUUGAAACCCGCCUUCAGAGAUAUUGUAAAUUCCAUUCACAAAGCGGAAGCAAGGGCGGUCGAUUUUCAAAUGAAGGUGCUUAAUUUUCACUUCUGUUUUACUGCUUUUCGAUUUCACAUUAUUAACUGCUCUUUUAAACCCCUUCCAAAAGGAAACAGACAUACUCCUGCUUUACCUCCAAGGGGCGAGCCAAAUCUCAUAAAGAAUUUUGAUUUCGACUCCAGCUUCUUGGGUCAUCAUAUCAAGCUCUGGGAAGUUGAAGCCGGCAGGGUUCAGCUCCCACGGUUCAAGAUCUCAUUUGGGUUUGAAGCUUCAGGGAUUAUGAAGGAAUUGGGGUUACAUUCACCUUACUCAGAACAAGGCGGGCUUACAGAGAUGGUAGACUAUCACGAACUGUCUCAGAGAUAUUCCACAAGUCAUUUGUUGCAGUAA